AUGGCCCAAACUAUAAAGGCAGCAAUUGAAGCAAUGAUGGCAGCUGGAAUUUGUGGCGUGUCUUUCGCAAUUUUUGCAGGCCAGCCUUUGAUAAUACUUGGAUGUACGGGGCCGAUCCUCGUCUUCGAGACAAUUCUAUACAACUUUGCAAUAGAUAAUGGAUUAGCCUACAUGAGUUUCAGGGUUUGGGUAGGCAUAUGGACCUCAGUUGUCCUUAUCAUAAUGGUUGCAUUCGACCUGAGCGUAAUGGUGAAAUAUAUCACACGAUUCACAGAAGAGGGAUUCUCGUGUCUGAUCUCCUUAAUUUUCAUAGUAGAAGCCUUCAAGAAAGCUAUAGGUGUACAGAAGAAGUAUAAAGUCAAUCUACACCCACAUGACGAGCUUGAUUACAAUUGCUCGUGUUUAGAACCUGUUGUAGAUGUGAACCCAGGAACAGAUGGUCCAAUGUACAACACAACCGAUAUGACAGCUGAUGUUAAAUCAAAAGAUACUUACAAAACGGAUCCCCUUGGGCUAUUAGGAGGAAACGCCAGCAUAGACUUCAGUAGCCUGCCCACUAAGUAUUGUAAGACAUAUGGCGGGGUUUUAUUUGGAAGUGGAUGUGACACUCCUCAUUACGUUGCCGAUGUGUUUCUUAUGUCGUUCCUUUUGUUUCUGGGCGUGUUUAUCAUUGCUAUGUCUUUGAGGAGCUUCAGAACGACACAGUUCUUUCCAAACAUUGUACGAAAAACGUUAGCAGAUUUUGCAGUGCCAAUUGCUAUUGGAAUCAUGACCGCAGUGGACAUUGUCAUAGGCUUGGGUACACCCAAGCUGGAUAUACCGGAAACAUUUGCACCCACCAGGUCAGACAGGGGCUGGGUAAUCAACCCAAUGGGAGAGAACCCCUGGUGGUGCAUACUUGCAGCCAUACCUCCAGCAUUACUACUUGCUAUUCUCAUCUUCAUGGACCAACAGAUCACUGCUGUUAUCAUAAACAAAAAGGACCAUUUACUUAAGAAAGGAGCAGGUUAUCACUUAGACCUACUGAUCAUAGCGGUUCAAGUGGUAGUAUGCUCAUUCCUGGGCAUUCCUUAUUUUGUGGCAGCCACAGUUAGGGCCAUCAACCAUGUCCUCAGUCUUACCAGGGAAUCCGAGACAUCAGCUCCCGGUGAGAAACCAAAGUUCCUCGGUGUAAGGGAGCAGAGAGUAACAGGAAUAUUGGCGUUUUUAUUUAUCGGUCUAUCUGUAUUUUUCACACCAGUAUUGAAGUAUGUACCCAUGCCAGUGCUAUAUGGCGUUUUCCUAUACAUGGGCGUGGCUUCUCUGAAAAACGUGCAGCUGGUGCAAAGGCUGCAGCUCCUGUUUAUGCCCUCAAAGUAUCAGCCCGAUUACGCCUACCUAAGGCACGUAGACACGAAGAGGGUUCACAUAUUUACGAUCAUUCAAGUCAUCUGCCUUGCACUCCUUUGGGUUGUUAAGAGUGUAAAGAAGAUAUCCAUCAUAUUUCCCCUUAUGGUGUUAGCUUUAUGCUUUGUGAGAAAGUUCAUGGAGAGAUUUUUUACUGCAGAAGAACUGAGAUAUAUUGAUGAUCCAUUACCACCUGUCAAGUUGAAAUGUUGUGGCAGCAAAGACAAAGACAUUCGGAUCGAGAACGAGAAAAAGGAAUUGAUGGAAAUUGUCACAAACGGGAAUGACACAGAGAUGAAAAGGCGGAAUAACAACAGCAGAAGCUCCACUCACAGAGUUAGUUGCUAAGCCAUUUCCAAUUAUUGACCUAGUAUAAGUCCAGUAUAAGUACUGGAAUACAGUAUAUAUUUUUUAAAAGCACCAACUGAACUUAACGCUACCAGUUCGUGUAUGACGCUACAGUGCUCUGAGAGUUACAAAAACUACAGUCACCGUAACGGCUACCCUGCUUUGAUGAUAGUGUUCAAUAUCGCGUAUGGUAUGAGUGACUUUAGGUACAUAUGCUAAGAAAUUCACACAUAGCUAGGCAAGGUGUGUCCGAUUCUAGCCAAUCAGCACAGAGUGUUCACAUUAUGAACAGUGUGUGAAAUAUCA